AAAGCAAUUGUGGGGCAUAGAUAUAUCAUUCAUAAGCAACUAUACAUGUAAAUGUUUGAGAGCUUAUUAUGACCCUAGAAAAUGUCAUUUUCUAAGUUACUCUACCUUCUUCUCCUUGUAAACUUCAUUUUCAUCUAUCAAUCUCAUUCCUCUCCAGAUAACAAUGUCACCAAAGCUCAAUCUCAUAUCAAACCAAAGAAGGUUCAUUUGUCUCUGUAUUAUGAGUCUCUAUGUCCAUAUUGCCGGAGUUUCAUUGUAAGUCAACUUGUGAAGGUCUUCAACACUGAUCUUCUCAAUAUUAUCAAUCUCAGGCUAGCUCCAUGGGGCAAUGCUCAAUAUGUAAAACCUAACAAGACCAUCAUUUUCCAGCACGGUGAAGAUGAAUGUUACCUCAACACUAUACAUGCCUGCGCCAUCAGCAUCUGGCCUGAUCCGAGAAAGCAUUUCAACUUUAUCUACUGUAUUGAAAAUCAAGGCCUUCCCAUCAAGGAUAAUCAGCACUUGACGGUAUGGAAGCAGUGUGGAAAGCCUGCUCUACUAGAUCCGGUAUGGAUCAGAAACUCAUCAAGACUGCUACUUUUACUGCAGUAUGCUACUGAAACUGAUCAUCUCAAUCCAAAACAUUUAUAUGUCCCCUGGGUGACAGUGAACAAUCAACCUCUCUAUGAUAAAUAUGAAGAUUUUAUAACCUAUGUCUGCAAUGCUUACAAAGACAAAGAUUUGGUAAGGGCCUGCUUGUCAAAUUCUCUAAAAGUUACUGAAGAGAAAUUUCAAGGUCUCCAGUCUGCUAUGUAGAAAGAAGAUCCCAAAUUCGGCAGAGACUUUAUUGUUGCAGUGGAGGAACAUAGAAGCAACAACAUGAGUUUAUACUGUACUAUGAUGGACCACUUUUUACAUCAUUUUAUGUAAGAAUGAAGUUGGAUCGUUAUAAUUGGCCAACUAUCCUGUUAUUAUGAUUUACUUGUGAUGCAAUUUCCAUUCUGCACUUGGAACAAA